AUGGCGCGCCCCGAGGUCAAGAAGAUGGCUCUGAAGAUCACCGCACCAGUCAAGACCAGCCGCGUCGUGAAGACCAAGAGGGCGUACCAAGUCAAGAUCAAGAUUGGCAAGCACGCCGCUAGGAACUUACAUAAUCGCAACUCUCCUCUUCUCCGUCUCCCAGGAGAGAUACGCAACCAGAUCUACCACUAUGUCAUCGGGGGUCAUGAGGCCUGUCCGACCUGGGAUAGCCGAGAUUGCCUUGACGUCGAGCUUCGCGCUACUCGAUACAACACAAGCGGUGGCACCCGGGAAGGCUGGGCUGAACUAUUCACACUUAGCUAUGUGUGCAAGCAGCUCAACAUGGAGACGAAGAACCUUCCAUAUGAACUCACCGCCUUCCAGUCAGACAUAUGCGCUGCAUUUGACCGAUUCCUGUGUCAGCUUAAGGAGGAGAAGAAGGAACUCAUCACCACCGUUUCCUUUGGCUUCAAGCACUUCCACAGUGUUAGCGACUGGACCGACGCGCAGUUCCCCACCCCGGCUGAGCUGUUCCGCUGCACUUCUCUGAAGACCGUAAUCUCCCGCAUCACGCUCGGUCAAGGUCAGAAACUCUUGGUGAAGCUGAUCGCUCGACACAUGAGAGCGCGUAUCGUUCUCGAGAACGACCAUCUCGGCUACAUCUACGAUGGGGGAGACGAGUAUGAAGAAGACGAGUAUGAAGAAGACGAGUAUGAAGAAGACGAGUAUGAAGAAGACGAGUAUGAAGAAGACGAGUAUGAAGAAGACCACGAAGUUUAUGCUGAAGAUGAAGAGUAA